UUCCCAGUCUCUCGCUUCGAAUUCUCGGUUUCACUCUUUUAUUUGACGGUCUUUCCGGUCCUGCGCGCCUCCUUCCCGCACACACUCGUUUCGCAUCCUCCCUUGAGGAUUCACGCUCGUUUUUUCGUCUCUACCUGAACAAAAAAAUAAGGGAGAUAAAAAAAAAGAAAGACACCAACAAAUCGUCGCCAUCAUGCUGUUGUCAGCGUCCCUCUCGGCGUUGGCCUUGGCCACAGUUUCACUCGCACAGGGCACGACACACAUCCCCGUCACCGGUGUUCCCGUCUCUCCUGGUGCUGCCGUGCCGCUGAGACAGAACAUCAAUGACCUGGCCAAGUCCGGGCCGCAAUGGGAUCUCUACGUUCAGGCCAUGUACAACAUGUCCAAGAUGGACUCCCAUGACCCGUACAGCUUCUUCCAGAUUGCCGGCAUCCACGGCGCACCGUACAUUGAGUACAACAAGGCCGGAGCAAAGUCGGGCGAUGGCUGGCUGGGCUACUGCCCUCACGGUGAGGACCUCUUCAUCAGCUGGCACCGCCCCUAUGUCCUGCUCUUUGAGCAAGCCUUGGUCUCCGUCGCCAAGGGCAUCGCCAACUCGUAUCCCCCGUCUGUCCGCGCCAAGUACCAGGCUGCCGCCGCCAGCCUGCGCGCCCCCUACUGGGACUGGGCCGCCGACAGCUCCGUGCCCGCCGUCACCGUCCCCCAGACGCUCAAGAUCAACGUCCCCAGCGGCAGCAGCACCAAGACCGUCGACUACACCAACCCGCUCAAGACGUACUACUUCCCGCGCAUGUCCUUGACCGGCUCGUACGGCGAGUUCACCGGCGGAGGCAACGACCACACCGUCCGCUGCGCCGCCUCCAAGCAGAGCUAUCCCGCCACCGCCAACUCCAACCUGGCUGCCCGUCCUUACAAGUCCUGGAUCUACGAUGUCCUGACCAACUCUCAAAACUUUGCCGACUUCGCCUCCACCAGCGGCCCCGGCAUCAACGUUGAGCAGAUCCACAACGCCAUCCACUGGGACGGUGCUUGCGGCUCCCAGUUCCUCGCCCCCGACUACUCCGGCUUCGACCCCCUGUUCUUCAUGCACCACGCCCAGGUCGACCGCAUGUGGGCCUUCUGGGAGGCCAUCAUGCCCUCGUCGCCCCUCUUCACGGCCUCGUACAAGGGCCAGUCGCGCUUCAACUCCAAGUCGGGCAGCACCAUCACCCCCGACUCGCCCCUGCAGCCCUUCUACCAGGCCAACGGCAAGUUCCACACGUCCAACACGGUCAAGAGCAUCCAGGGCAUGGGCUACUCGUACCAGGGCAUCGAGUACUGGCAAAAGUCCCAGGCCCAGAUCAAGUCGAGCGUCACCACCAUCAUCAACCAGCUGUACGGGCCCAACUCGGGCAAGAAGCGCAACGCCCCGCGCGACUUCUUGAGCGACAUUGUCACCGACGUCGAGAACCUCAUCAAGACCCGUUACUUUGCCAAGAUCUCGGUCAACGUGACCGAGGUGACGGUCCGCCCCGCCGAGAUCAACGUCUACGUCGGCGGCCAGAAGGCCGGCAGCUUGAUCGUCAUGAAGCUCCCCGCCGAGGGCACGGUCAACGGCGGCUUCACCAUUGACAACCCCAUGCAAAGCAUCCUGCACGGUGGUCUCCGCAACGCCGUCCAGGCCUUUACCGAGGACAUUGAGGUUGAGAUUCUCUCUAAGGACGGACAAGCCAUCCCCCUCGAGACGGUCCCCAGCCUGUCCAUCGACCUCGAGGUCGCCAACGUCACCCUGCCCUCCGCCCUCGACCAGCUGCCCAAGUACGGCCAGCGCUCCAGGCACCGCGCCAAGGCCGCCCAGCGCGGACACCGCUUUGCCGUUCCCCAUAUCCCUCCUCUGUAAAGAGGGAGUAUGUGUUUAGGCAAGACUUUGUCGCGAGUUCCCGUCUGUCUAUCAAAGAGGGAGGGGGUCGAGAUAGCCAGAAGCCAUCUUUUCUUGACGCUCCUUCCCAAUUUUUUUUUUUACAAACUUCCUUCUUCUUGAUAAUACUGGCGAAACGAUAUUUGGCUAUUUAGAGUGCUGGGUUGUUUGUGUGUGUGCGUGUGUGUGUGAUGGAAAGUACAUUAUUGGCAGAUGACGCUUGAAUAUACAAUAUAUAUGACUUUUCUCUCCUACCUGAA